CGCGGAGGCGCACUGAGCCGAGCAGAGCGAUGAAAUGCUCCAGUCGAGUCGAACACAGAUGGACAGCCUAGUUCAGCCGCUCGUCGCCCAGUACCUCGCUAUGGGAUGUCAAACAAAAGAAAACUGCCAAAACGAAAGUAUAACGUCGGAAGAAAAGGGAAAAGAUGAUGCGAGAGCGACUCCAGGAUGCAGCUCCAGGUCAAGGGUGUCCCCUCCAGGCCGUCCUCACAGGUUCCACAAACCCAACCCGGCCCAGACCGCCCCAGGGAAAUCCACUAUGUCCCUGGGUCCCCUCACCAAAGGGGGGAGCUGGGAGGAGCUCAUCCAGGCCUGUCUGCAGUCCUUCGACUCAAAUGGCUGUGUGUGUGGGAGCAGCCACCUGUUGAACAUCACGCUGACCAUGCACCGUCUCCACAUCUCCUCCAGCGACCUGCUGGACAAACUCACCGCUCUAUUUAAAACAGCGAUGGACAAUGAGCAGCCGACAGAGUGCCAGAGGAUAUGCUACCUCAUCAGGCAUUGGAUCCAGGAAUUCUGGAUGAUGUUCCGGUUGCACCACAGCUUGUCCGACAGCCUGGACCAGUUCCGGGAGCUGAUCCGAGAGCAGGGGCAGGAGCAUCUUUGCUCUCUCCUAGAGACCAAAUGGAUAAAUGAACGGGACUGGUCGUGGAAGGCCAGCCAAAAGAUCAAAGCUAACAGCAGUAAAAAGAGGAAGGUCUCUCUGCUUUUUGAUCAUCUGGAGCCUAUUGAACUGGCUGAGCAUCUCACCUUCCUGGAAUUUAAGUCCUUCUGCAGGAUAUCAUUUGUAGACUAUCAGAACUACAUUCGACGCUGCUGCAUGAAGGACAUCCCCAUGAUGGAGCGUUCCAUCGCCCUGUGUAAUGGCGUCUCCCAGUGGGUUCAGCUGAUGGUGCUGAGCAGGCCGACUGCACAGCUGAGAGCUGAGGUUUUCACCAAGUUUAUCCAUGUUGCGCAGAAUCUACAUCUUAUGCACAAUUACAACACACUAAUGGCGGUGGUAGGAGGGCUUUGUCACAGCUCCAUCUCCAGGCUAAAGGACACCACUUCACAUGUACCCAGUGAGGUCACCAAGGUACUGAACGAGAUGACCGACCUGCUGUCCUCCUGCAGGAAUUAUGACAACUAUAGACAAGCUUACAACAGGUGUGCAGGUUUUAAAAUCCCCAUCCUGGGCGUCCACCUCAAAGAUCUGAUUUCAGUCAACGAGGCCAUGUCGGACUAUGUGGAUGACGACAAGGUGAACGUGCAGAAGCUCCAGGCUCUCUACAACCACAUCAACGAGCUGAUCCAGCUGCAGCAGAUCCCUCCCAGGCUGGACGCCAACAAGGACCUGGUCCAUCUGUUGACGCUGUCCUUGGACCUUUACUACACUGAGGACGAGAUCUACGAACUGUCUUACACCAGGGAACCGAAGAACUGUAAAUUACCUCCAGCCACCCCCUCGAGACCUCCAGUGGUUGUGGACUGGGCAUCAGGUGUGGCUCCUAAACCCGACCCCCGAACCAUCAGCAAACACGUACAGAGGAUGGUGGACUCUGUGUUCAAGAACUACGAUCACGACGACAAUGGCUUCAUUUCUCAAGACGAGUUUGAGAAAAUUGCUGCUAGCUUUCCGUUUUCCUUCUGUGUCAUGGACAAAGAGAAGGAAGGCCUCAUCAGCAGGGCCGAGAUCACAGCCUAUUUCAUGCGGGCUAGUGUCAUCUGCUCCAAACUGGGUCUUGGCUUCGUCCAUAACUUCCAGGAGACGACUUACAUGAAACCCACCUUCUGUGACAACUGCUCAGGAUUUUUGUGGGGUGUCAUCAAGCAAGGCUACAGAUGCAAAGACUGCGGGAUGAACUGCCACAAGCAGUGCAAGGACCAGGUGGCGUUUGAGUGCAAGAAGAACGCCAUAAUGACCAACGCCAUCGACAGUCCAACGCCAAGCUCUACGCCUGUCACCAUGGGCACCUCAGAGGGUUCAGAAGAUUGUCCUUUCCCCUACCCACCAGAUGACAGCAAAGACUGGAGCCCAGACUCCCCGGUCACCUCAUAUUUGAGGCCUCGGAAGGUCCACAGUGGCACCCAGACAGAGGGACACUUACUCUCCCCUGCAUCCCCCCAGCCUGCCCUGCUGCUCCCAAUAACCCCCACCCUCACCUCUUGUCCCAGCCCUGUGCCCCAGAGGAAACAGCGACACUGCGCCAAGUGGGAAAACCGAGCGUCUGUUGCGCAAAAGAGCCAUAAAGAGCCCGAAGAGGAGAACAAAUCUACCUAUGAAACUCUUGAAUUAGACAACCAGAGGCUCCAGAUAAAAAACGAGACACUACGUAGGAAGCUGAAGGAGGCAGAGCGGGAGGUGGAGAUACUAAAGACACUGCUCAAGAGGCACGCUCUCCACCCUGUGGAGGAGGACUCCUCCUCCUAGACACACACACACACACACACACACACACGCACACCUCUAGGGAGACCGGUGCUGCCCCCUCAUGGCAGCAUGAAUAAAUCAGCUACUGUGUGAACAUUUAAAGCAGGGGUCAGCAACCUUAGAUUGGUGGCUAAGGCUGGUGGCUUAACCAGUUGCACCACUGUGCAAGAGAGUUUUUUGAAAAUGUUAAAGUGCCCUCUCAUCUGCAUGCCUCAUGACCUUUCAGAUAAGGGUGGCAGCAUUCUUGUAUAGUGCUCAUAUUUAUGUUUGUUACUCUUAAUUCUCCCUUUUUGACAUUUGCUGCUUUUGCAACAUUUUGUAAAUGAGUGAAUGUCAUUUAAAGCAGUACGCUAAAAUGAGAACUGUGCAUAUAAUACAGAAGAGGAUUAUUAUUAUUUAAUAUAUUAUUAUUAUUAUUUUCCUCCUCAUUAUAAAAAUAAUUUUUCACUUUCAGAAAAAAGUCGAAGUCACGAGAAUGAAGUCGCUUUUUAAGUUCUGUGAAGUAGACUGCAGGCAACAACCUGAUUUUCCUCAAUAUGUCUAAAAAAAAUCACAGAAGUGACAAAGCAGAUUUUCCCAAAACAAUAGUUGUAAUAGCUACUACCAAGAAUAGCUCAUUUAUGUGUCAGGGGAUUUUAUGCUCAUUUUAUGAAAUUGAUGAAAAUCAGGUUGUAGCUUACAGUUUGGAUAGAAAACAAUGUUCCUCUGAUGACUAAUUGACACAGGAACAACCAACAAUCUGUGAAUAUCUUUCCAACUUUACCAAACACAAAAAGUUGACUUUAUUCUCGUCAUUUCGACUUUUUUUUUUCUAAGUUGUAUUUCAACUUUAUUCCCUCCCCUCAUUAUUUUUUUCUCCUACAUGGCCCCAAUCCUCUUAAAAAGUACAACUAUUUGUUAAGUUUAUUCCUGAUGAACAAGAUUGCCAGAAGGGUUGGUUAACGAUUUAAUGGCUAAUUACCCGGUACUUUCUUGAUUAAAACACAGCUUUACACCCCUAAAAUAAAGAAGCCCUCUGUGAAGCUUUGGCAAAUACUAGUUGGGGUUGGGACCCCCAGGUUGGGAACUAAUGGCCUAUAUAAAUGGAAUAAACAGGCUGAAUAAAGUAACAGAUGCAAUAGUGAUUUAAAAUUUGAUGUAGUAUCAUACUUAAACUGUUGACCUUGAAGUUUAUUUGGCACACUGCAAAAAUAUCAAAAAGGUUGCUGACCUCUGACUUAAACUGUUUCACCAGGAUAAGGAGACCCAAGCAAUUCGGCAUCACUUAAAAGGUAUAACGUGGGAUACAAUGCACAUGGCCAGUGUUUCAAUGCUAAAGGUACACAAAAAGCCAAUCAGUGUGUCACAUAUAAUGAGGUUAAGCACAUUUUUUAAAACCAGCAAGUGGAGAAAAUACAGUAAAAAAUACUGCAGUGUUGCAUUUAAGGAGCCCCUGUAUUGUAUUGUAAAGUUCACAGAAGAAUGAAAAUCGUUGCAAUGAGCAUUACUCACUUUUUUUAGUGAACCAUUAAGCGUGGAGUUUGAAUGGAGUUCCCUAAAGGUAAAUAUAUUGAAUGAAGGAGUGCAGUAUUUUAAAAAUAAAGCAGAAUGUGUUUGAUUAGUUCUUGAUCAACAAUGAGACCAGAUAUUUAUGUUAAACAUAAAAAAAACGGAAAUGAGAGGAAAACAAGAAGUUUAUCGUGCAUCAUCAUUAUUAUUAUUAUUAUUAUUAUUAAAGAUUACAGCAGCAGGAUGAAGGUCAGCGGCCUCACAUGUACAGGACUGUUGUUCUGCAUCAUUGUCCCUGUUCACAUCAAUGCACAAGAUGUCGUCAGUGCUUCUGUUAAUAUUUAUUGUCUCAAACACUACACCGUUCAUAUAAAGAGUGAACAUUUUUUGUACAGCAUAUUGGUACUUUCAGUGGAUUAUUUCUGCUUGUGUGUUACUUUCACUCUGCGGCCGUGUCACUGUGUCGUUGUGGUGUAGCAGUGUUGUACUGUGAGUCAGGAAACAUGUGUUUGUAAUGCAUGUAAUGAAAUGUAAAUACAAAGUACACAGUGCCAUCUUAAUUAAGUCAAGUCUCUCAGUAUUGUUCUCUUAUUGUUAUAAUAAAUACUGUAUUCUGU